AUGAGCGUGUGGAUGUGGUGUAUAGCAGCGGCGACGGUGGUGGUGGGCGCGCGCGAGCUGGACCCGGCCGCGUGCGCCGCGCGCUUCGACGUGCAACGCGACAAGAUCAUCCGCACCGAGGAGUCGCGCGAGAUGGGCGCGCGCUACCUCUCCGAGCUGGACGUGGGCGCGCGCCGCGAGUGUCUGCGCUUAUGCUGCGAGACCGACUCCUGUGACGUGUUUGUUUUCGAAGAAAAGAGCCCGGGCAGCUGCUACUUGUUCAACUGCGGGCCGCCUGAAGACUUCCGCUGCAAAUUUACAGCGCACGGCAACUUCAGCAGCGGGGUGCUGGCGCUGAGCCGCCGCCUUGCCGAGUUGCAAGACCAGGAGCGCCUCGCGCACCACGAGCGGGAACUUGCUAAUCUUAGAAGUCCGACAAGUAGCACAGUGAGCUCAACGCAGACAGUGCACAGCACAGAGGCGCCCCGCCCGCCGCCGGAGCCACCGCAGCCGCCGCACGUGCCUCCGCCCCCGCCACCACAAUUACCAACAGGGCGCUGCAGUCGCUACCAGUUCGAAUGCCGCCGCGGAGGCGAGUGUAUCGCGGUGUAUAACGCGUGCGACGGCGUGCCGCAGUGCGCGGACGGCAGCGACGAGGCGCCCGAGCUGGGCUGCCCCGCGUCGCCGGCGCCGCCACCGCCGCCGCCCGCGCCGCGCCCGCCGCCUGUCACACGGCCUUCCACUCCUCCUCCUCUCACACAAGUACAAGUUCUCGACAGCAGUGAAGAGGCUGGUGGACCAGUUGUAGGCGUAAGUAACGAUGCACUGGUCGAAGGCGCUGACCUUUGGCCACACCGCCUCACGCAGGCGCAGCCGCAGCAUAGAUAUAAUACUGGGAGCAGUAACAGCAUGAGUGCUUCGCACAUCUUCAGCCACAAAGGCGGGCUGCUGCAGGAGAGCGCGUUCGAGCCGCCCGCUCCCAAUGCGCCGUGGCCACAUCGCACCUGGCAGCCUCCGCCCCCACAACCUGACGGUAUGGAAGGAGGUUGGAACGCAUACGGUCGACUGGACUGGCCCGACGUGGAACCGCGCCGCUCCUGGCCCGUGCCACAGACGCGGCCGGAACCGGAAAUGCCAGUGUAUAUGCCUCCUAAGACGAUGCCGGAGUUGCCCAUGAUGUAUUCGGGUCAACAACAGAGUUUGCGGGACAGUCCUAAGAAGGGAUUUGAACUUAUGACAAAGAGCAAGAUGCUAGAGUUCCUAACUGAGCCACCGCCGCGAGCGCCCUCUGUGCCGCUGAUUGACAACAGCGUCGAGCAGAGAGAAGACAAAAAGCCUUUGGUAUCAGAAAAUACCACCAAGAAAAAGAUUUUAAAGGAUGUUAAAAUUCUGGAAACCGCGAAGACCAUGAGUACUACGAGCGGCGGCGCCGGGGACGCGGUCGGAGGUGCGCGGACGGCGGUGGCGGGCGCGGCGGGCGGCGCGCACGCGCUGGCGGCGGCGGCGCUGGCGGCGCGCGAGCACUGGCCGCCCGACGAGCACGACGGGCUCAGCGAGCACCCGCCCGCCGCCGUCAUGCUGCUCGUGCUCGGCACGCUGAUGACGGCGGCGCUGGGCACGCUGCUGGCGUGCCGCGCGCGCGCCGCCCGCCGCCGCCGCCGCGCGCACCCGCGCCUCGCGCUCGACGCGGACUAUCUCGUCAACGGCAUGUACCUA